AUGAGCAUAAAAGAUGGGGACGACUUGACAUCACCACGACAUCAUCAUCCACCCCGUCCUGUCUCGGUUGCAUCUAAUAAUGCGGAAUUCUAUGAGAAUGGAUCGACGAAUAGUCGAGCCGCCAACGUGGAGUGGGUUGAGAUUGUGGAACCACAGUCCAGGCAGACGAUGUAUGCGAAUUUGGUGACUGGACAGUGUGCAUGGGAGCCCCCGGAGGGUGCUAAUGUAAAAACAACUCAUCAAAACCAAUGGUGGGAACUAUUCGACUCGAAAACCGGCCGCUACUACUACUACAAUGCCUCCUCAAGUGUCACAAAAUGGCAAAAACCAACAGGAAUCGAUAUCGAUAUUAUUCCACUUGCCAAGCUUCAAACACUCAAAGAAAAUACAGAAGGGGGUGGAGCUACGGCGAAGGUUCGUCGAACGUGCGAAACCCAAACGUCCCCGUCGGUACGUCGUGUUGUGAAUAAGAUUCCAACGGCGUUCGCACAAAAUAUAACACCAGAAGCGGGAGUUGUCAGUUUUAGAAGUAAUAGCCAGAAUUCGCAGAACACCUUGAAUGGAAUGCAGAGCUCGUUUGAGAAUAUUGCCAUUCCCCAUCCUCAUAAUUCAUUUUUGCAGUGGAUGUCACUAGACGAGGAGCUAAGCGAACGGGCGGCCGCAAACAGCGACUACGGUGGUGUUGGCCCAAAUCCUCCAUCCUCCUCCUCUCGCAACGGCCCACCAUAUGGUGCGUUCCCAACUGCAGCAAGUGCAUCUUCAACCUUAUCUCAUGCACCAUCUUCCGAUUCCAUUCCUCCACGCUCCUCUCGAUCGGCGUCACCACCGAAUGCAGUUGGAGGGGGAACAGGGAGCACAAGAAAAUCGCUAUUCUCAUCUGUCACCUCUACAAAGAGUAAAAAUAAGAAUGGCUGGUCGAAAGAUGCACCGAAGGUGUCGUUGACACAACCGGAGAAUAAGCAGCUGAGGAAAGAGACUGCAGCACUUUUUAAAUUAAUUCAAUCAUAUAUGGGAGAUCGGAAAAGUAAGACUAGUCCAGAGCAAGUGGCAUUGUCUUUCUGUGAACUGGCAUCCAAGAAACCAGAAAUUGGAGAUGAAGCGAUUGCACUUCUUAUGCAACAAUUAUCGGAUAAUGAGAAGCCAGACAGUUUGAGAAGAGGUUGGGAGCUACUCACCAUCGUUCUUGCUUUUAUAUUUCCCACCGAAGCGAUUAGUGAAAAGUUAAACGACUUUCUCAACAAGCAUCUGGACUCAAUUUUCGAUCUACCUGAAGUCUCAACAUCCUACUUUUCUCAGCAAUGCCUGAAGAGGCUGAGCAAAGUGAUAACAAGGCUGAAACCAAGUCUUCAGAGUAUUCAAGAAACCAAAAUUCACAUUUUCCGACCACCCUUGUUCUCUGCUUCAUUAGAGGAAUUGAUGCAGAUGCAAUCGGAGAAGUUUCCAGAAUUGAAGCUUCCUUGGCUGCUGACAACUCUCAUUGAAUUGUUGUAUCAGUCUGGAGGAAGGAGGACAGAAGGAAUAUUUCGAGUUGCCGGUGACCCAGAACAACUAGCAACCGCCCGUGGGCAACUCGACGGAUGGCUAGCGCCUAAAAUGCACGAUGCCAAUGUGCCAGCGUGUCUUUUGAAACUGUGGCUCCGUCAGCUGCCUGUCCCUUUAAUCCUGCCAAAUCUAUACCAAAGAGCGCUGGUCGCUUCAGACACACCUGCCGAAGCGAUUCGAUUAGUUGAUCUACUACCGGAUAUCAAUCGAUUGGUUCUGGUUCGAGUGAUUGCUUUGUUACAGGAUUUGAGUCGAGAGGAAGUGGUGGCAAAGACCAAAAUGGAUACGUCCAAUUUGGCAAUGGUUAUUGCUCCGAAUAUUUUGAGAUGCGAAAGCGAAGAUCCACGUGUCAUUUUCGAGAACACCCGACGAGAGAUGAGCUUCCUAAAAGUCCUCAUCACCAACUACGAUACCACUUUUAUUCAAAAUGUAUUAUAA